AUGGACCGACCAGCCGGUGGCAUAUUACAACGCGCGGAGAUCGCGACUCCCGCGAGGGGGAUAGACUACAAGGGGUUCGUAGAGCAGGAGUUUCACUACCUGGGCGACCUCGCCACGGUAGGCCGCAGCAAGCAACACCGAAAGGCUGGCCGGCGGUGGUUCGACAUAUACCAGGAGGAGGACCACCCUGAAAUCUUCAACUUUGAGGACAGCCCAAUGCUGCCGCUCGAGCCCUUCCCGCUGGAGCUCGUCUACAGGCACGACCUCGAAGGCGUCGACCUGACCGCCUGGGAAGAAGAGCACAACAACACCCUCCCCGAUCUGAAACCGAUCUACAUCGACGUGAACCACCACCCGCUCGCCAGCGAAUGGUCUUGCUUCGCUAAGGAGGAACAUAUCGAUAAAGACCAUGUGCCGCACAUUCGGCUGGCAAGAUACGGACACGAGCUCUUCUUGGAAAGCCACGUUGAAGACAUGGAGAACAAGCCCAGGCUGCUUACCGAAUGCUGGCAGAAGUAUCUGUACUGGCUGCGCAUGUCGCUGAUGAGAGUCGAGAGGUUGCCAGCGCCCGGGCAGAUUCUGACAACGGCCGAGGGCUUCACAGUAGAGCGCGAUUUCCUGGACACGUGGGCAUGGAGGCGAGGGAAAUCAUACAAGGAUGUUUACCAAGAGGUCAUAGACGGGAAUAUGUUUCCCGAGUACUGGGACAGAGCCUUGUAUGAGGUUUUCACGUACUGGGUGCAAUUCAAGCGAGUGAAGGCCGGCUAUCGUUAUCUCAUCGACAAAUGGAUGAGUUGGCACUCGAACUUAAUCCAUUACCGAAGUUCAAUGACAUGGCAGAUCUUAUCGGGAACCAUUGUUUCUGGGGUGGUUGGGGGAUUGAUUGAUCAUCAAUUGGGACCCCCCUGGAGUACGACGAGAUGCUAUAUAUGA